AUGCUGCAAAACUGGGCGAUUCUUCUAAUAGCGAUCUACUUCUUCGAAGGGUCUUCGUCAGCCACCGAAGAUCUGCUGGAUCAGUACGUUAAGCACGUGGAAAGCGUCAACAGCAUCGCUUAUGUAGAGAAGAAACCGAGCAAGUACCACCAUCCGAAAACCCGGCGAAUAACCAGAAAAUUGCACCAAGAAAAUAACAUACAAGACAACGAUGGCAUCGACAACGAAGACAGUGUUUUCACGGAUUUACUAGACAGUUUUCCCAGUGACAGUGACAAACCUUCGGCUAACGAUAGUGCUGGUAAGGAGAGGCAUCUAUCGAGGAAGCUCAGUUUCUACGAUGAAAGCGAUCGAGAACGCCAGUCCAGGGACGUUUCCAACGAUAUACUCUGGACGCAUUCUGAAGUUCUGGAUAAGCAGAACCGGAUAAUUUUGAGGUGGCAGCCCAGGCAUCAAGAGAUACUCUUCAGAGUGGAAGCCAAAACCAGGGGAUACAUCGGCAUCGGUUUCAGUCCCGAUGGUAAAAUGGAGAAAGCUGAUAUCAUUCUCGGAUGGGUGAACGAUCACACUGGAUCUGCAGUACUCAUGGACUGUCACGGCGUGCCGGCGAGCCAGGGCAGCGCACCUGUCAGAGAUCAAAUCGAUAAUUACACGUUAAUGAGGGGCCUGCAGAACGAUACCCACACGGUCAUCGAGUUUCGUCGGGCUUUCGACACCUGCGAUCCGGACGACUACGUUCUAUCGAGCGAUACAGUGAAAAUCAUCUGGGCGUUGCACGAUAGAGAUCCGCACCGAAGUAGCGAUUUGGUCUACCACGGACACGAUCGCGGUUCUCAAAGCGUCCACCUGUUAGGCCCGCCCGCGCCCAAGAUGCAUUUAACCCAUUCCAGUCAUUGGGACGUUGUGCUGGAAAACUUCAACGUUCCCCGCGACAUGACCACCACCUAUUGGUGCAAGGUGUUCAAAGCGCCGACGUUGAACUCCAAGCACCACAUCACCGGAUUCGAGCCGGUGAUCGGCGAGCGGCAUUCCUCCAUGGUGCACCACAUGGUGAUGCACGAGUGCCAAUUGGACGACGGCGAUGAUUUAUCGCUGUGGGAGGCGUUCGCUAAAGAGGAUGGAAAAUUGUGCUACUCGAACGUUCCUAACGUAUGGGACAAGUGUCUGACACCUCUAGUCGCUUGGGCGAUUGGUUCUAAAGGAGAAAACUUUCCGACGCACGUGGGGCUCCCUUUAGCUGAGAAAAAGCACUCCUUCUACAUGCUAGAAGUGCAUUUCGACAAUCCAGCGAAGAAACCAGUCGCUGAUACUUCGGGUCUACGAUUGCAUUACACCAGCGAACUGAGAGAAAACGAAGCAGGAAUUUUGAUAACAGGAAUAGCUCCAUCCACAUUGCACUUCAUACCUCCGUAUCAAAACGAAUACAAAACAGCAGGAUAUUGCAGCGUCGAUUGCACCAAAGAAGUCAUCCCGAAAGACGGUAUAAACGUGGUGUCUGUUAUGCUGCAUUCGCAUUUAGCUGCGAAGAAAAUGAAACUGAGGCACAUUCGCGCUUUAAAAGAGCUCACUCCUUUAGCAGAGGAUAAUCGAUACGACUACAAUUACCAGCAAUCCCGGUCGCUGUCGCAGGAUAUUCCCAUCCUCCCCGGCGACGGUCUGAUUACGGAAUGCACUUACUCGACGUUGAAUAGGAGCAAACCCACUCUCGGGGGAUACUCGAUGCAGGAUGAGAUGUGCCUGGCUUUUAUCCUGCACUAUCCCAGAACGCAACUAGCAGGAUGCUAUUCGAUGCCUCCGGUGAAGACUUUCUUCGAGAAUUUGGGCAUCAAGGAGUUCUAUGAGAAAGACAUGAAUCAAAUCGAGAGGGUGCUUUUGGAGGGAAAAGUCGAAUCAGAAGUGUCCACUACUACGACUUCUACACCUGUUACUAGUAAUUCUAGUAGUAAAUUGUUAUCACCAGAAACGAAUAGAAGAGCGGUUAUCGCGCGAAAAAAUGCCAGGGAAUAUUUCGUAGAAAGUGAAAAGGACGAGUGGCAUAAUGUCUUCGAUAAGCUCGUUAUCAAAGAACCUCAGGAAUUUAGAAACCUUACGUUUACCGAGCAUUUACAUAACAUGCCUUACAAUGAGACUAUUUUUACAAAAACCAUGGAGAAGUUUUUCUAUAAGGGAUUACACUUUACUUUCUGCAGGAAACGAGAUGAUAGUUUGAAUAACGAUCACAUCACGAAGCUUCCUGAAUUUCAGGAGUAUGAAAAGAAAGAAAAUAUACAGUGUAGUUACAGAUCGAAAAACCAUCCAUCUCCUGUAUCUACGCCGAAGGGAAUGAGUUCAUCUUCCGAUAGAUAUUCGAGUUUGCAGAUACUUUCUUUUGCUUGCUUCAUAAUCCGAUCGAUCUUGUUUUGA